GGGUAUUGACGAAUGAAAUCAAAUGCGUUUCAAUAAAACCACCAAAAAAACCCCACGAGCUUCAGACACAUAUACUCUCACGACUUGAACGAACGAAGAAGAAGAUCGCGACUGUGUGUAAACACCGAUCACUUCUUUACAUCACUUCAUCGAUCAAUCACUUUCGAGAUAGUGCUGCUGCUAAAAUAAUUCCCAACCAAUAAGACAAGAGACGAAUGAUUUGAUGCCAUUUGUCUUGAAUUUCCUCAACAAUGUCCGGGAUACUUAAUUCAGGUGUUAAUGGGUCAACAUCAACUUUUCCAGAUGCCACUGGAAGAGCUUUUACAUCAGCAUUUUCUGCUCAAUUAGGUUCAUCUGCUGCUGAUAUGAACCACACUGAUGCAAUAGAUUUGCUAGGAUUACGAAGCAUGAAUGGGAACUUCAACAUUCCCAGCAUGCCUGGAGCAUACACUUCAAGAAAUUCAGGAUUAAAUGGUCCUUUGAAUGGUGUACAACCACCUGCAGGAAGUUUAUCUAAUGGACGAUAUGCAGUAAAUAAUCUUCCUGUUGCACUUUCUCAGCAAUCUGCUGCUAGCUCACUUGGACUUUCAGGGAUUACAAAUAAUGGAGGGUCAGGUUUAGGUCAAAGUUUAGGAAACAGAGAACAAAUUAUAAGCUCCAUGGCAAUGGGUAACCUUGUUAAUGGGGGCAACAUUGGAAGAAGUUUAAGCUCUGGCGGACUCAAUAUGCCUGGGGUUGCUUCUCGCCUGAAUCUAACUGCACCCCAGAUGGUGUCUCUGCUAGGAAAUUCAUACUCUGGUGGCGGUGGGCCACUUUCACAAAAUCAAUUUCAAGGAGGGAAUAGUCAUUUAAGUUCAAUGGCAUUGUUAAGUGAGCUCAAUCGUGACCAUUCUUUUGACAUGAAUGAUUUCCCUCAGUUAUCUGGGCAUCUUACCUCUGCUGGUGGUUCUCAAAGACAACUAGGGGGGUUGGCACGCAGGCAGAAUGUGGGAUUUAUGCAACAAAAUCAAGAAUUCAGCAUUCAAAAUGAAGAUUUUCCUGCUUUACCUGGAUACAAAGGUGGCAAUGCAGAUUUUCCGGUUAAUAUGCACCAAAAGGAACAACUUCGUGACAAUGUGGUGUCCAUGAUGCAAUCCCAACAACAUUUGCCUGUGGGAAGAUCAGGUGGAUUCAGCUUGGGAGGUGCAUAUUCAUCACAUCAACAACAGCAGCAUGCUCCAAUAAACGGUGGUGGGGGUGGGCCCUCCUACCUUCCUGCAAACACUCAAGAUCUCCAUUUUCAUGGCUCUGAGGCAAGGAACAGCGGGAUGCUUCCAACGGGAUCACGACCCGUGAGUGUAUCGGGUGGGUCCUACGAUCAACUGAUGCAGCAAUACCAACACUUCCAAAAGCAAUCCCAAAUACGCCUAGUCAGCCCCUUCAGAGACCAAGAUCUAAAAUCCCCUCAACCAUCACAAUCCCCUGCUGACCGAUUCGGUUUACUUGGUUUACUAAACGUAAUCAGAAUGAACAAUCCCGAUUUAACCCCUCUUGCUCUUGGAAUCGACCUCAUGACACUCGGCCUAAAUCUAAAUUCACCCGAUAAUCUUUAUAAAAAAUUCUCAUCUCCAUGGUCCGAUGAAUCCGCUAAAGGAGAACCUCAUUUUUCCAUUCCCGAAUGUUUCAACACCAAACAACCAGCUCCUUUAAACCAAGAUAGCUUCUCUAGAUUUUCCCCGGAGACUUUGUUUUAUAUAUUUUACAGCAUGCCGAAAGACGAGGCCCAGUUGUUUGCUGCAAAUGAACUGCACAAUAGAGGGUGGUUUUACCACCGAGAGUUGCGUUUAUGGUUCUCAAGAGCUCCAAACAUUGAACUCUUAGUCAAAACAGCUACUUAUGAAAGAGGUUGUUAUUACUGUUUUGACCCCAACACCUGGGAAACAAUUCGAAAGGACAACUUUGUUGUGCAAUAUGAAAUGGUGGAAGACAGGCCGGUGGUCCCGCGUCGUUAGCAGUUUGUUUGAUUUGAAAAAAAAAAGUUGAUGAGUUAAUGAAUUAUGAAUGGUUUAGAGGUUAUAUACUAAAGGACUAAAAAAGUAAGUAAAUCCAAAUGUGGGUGCAUAAUGGAAGAAGGGUAAAAGUUAGAAAAAUUGUGUUUAAAAAGAUGAUGUUUGUGUUUUUAGAUUCCGACUCUCUCCUGGUUAUAAACCUGUUUUAGAAAUGACAAAUAUAUGUUGUACUUUAAAUUUAAAUCUUUG